UUGUCACUGGCGAACAUGGCUCGUUUGGUGUUGUGUGCAUUGGCUCUUCUAGUGGCCGGGGGCCUUGCGGACCCCGUCCGAAACAAUGUGCCGCAGAAACCUGCGGACCCAGUCUUUGCAAAACGUCAAAUGGACUUGAUGACAUUGUUCUUCCAUGUUCUUGAGCCCAAUUACAUUGAAGCUAACAAGGUCAUAGUCAACACAUGGAGUCUUGAAAAGAACAUUGAGCACUUCAGCAAUGUAACUGCUGUGACAACUUACAUCAAAAUGUUGGAGAACCAGUGGCUCGUCCCCCGAGCAGUGCCCUUCUCUAUUCUUGAAGACGAACACAAGUUCGAAGUAGUCACAUUGUUCAAUGUACUGCACUCGGCUAAGGACUACGACACUUUCUACAAGACCGCUGUAUACGUUAGGGACCGCGUCAACCCCGACCUCUUCUCCUACGUAUUGAGCGCUGUUAUUGUAAACCGUCCUGACACCAAGGGAAUCUACAUCCCCCGUGUCUUCGAAAUCUUCCCUUCAUACUUCAACAAUGGUGAAAUCAUGACAACUGCUGCAAGAAUCAACACUCACGGUGACCGUUUGGUUGACUUCUACCCAUCUACCUACAAAUGGGACAAGAAUGUAGUGAUUAGGUGGAACGCCACCACCUGGCCCUACUACAACAGCCAGAGCACACCUAUAGCCUACUUCACUCACGACUACAGCCUCAACUCAUUCUACUACAACGUUCACUUAGCCUUCCCCGGCUGGCUGCAAACCGAGGCUCUCCCAGUCAACCAACACAGACGUGGAGAAUGGUUCUGGUUCUUGCACAAGCAACUGAUUGCUCGUUAUUACAUGGAAAGACUGUCUAACGGACUUGGAGAGAUCCCUGAAUUAGGUCAUGAGACAGUCAAGGAUGGUUACAACUCCGGUCUUUUGUACCACAAUGGAAUUCAGUUCCCUGUCAGGCCUAACAACUUCAAUCUGGACCAACCUGAGUUCGUCAAUGAAGUCGAGCAGAUCUAUGAUUACGAACGUCGUGUUCGUGACGCCAUCGACCAGGGAUACGUUCUUAACCAUCUCGGUGAACGCAUCGACAUCAGUGCCCCCGAAGCUAUUGAAAUCUUGGGUCGCGUCAUUGAAGCCAAUGUAGACUCUCCCAAUGUGCAAUACUACAAGGACUUCAUCAGCGUCUGGAAGAAGGUUUUGGGCAACUCCCUUGUCCAUGAACACCAGUACUUCCACCACUACAUUCCUUUGGUUGUUCCCUCGGUUUUGGAACACUACCAAACUGCACUGCGUGACCCCGCUUUCUACAUGAUUUGGAAGCGAGUUUUGGGACUGUUCCAGCAAUGGCAGGAAAAACUCCCUCACUACAAGCCUGAAGAAUUAGCUAUGCCCCAAGUAGCUAUCGAAAAGGUUGACGUUGAUAAGCUGGUAACUUACUUCGAAUACAGCUACAUGAACGUAACUUCUGGACUACCCAUGAAUGUCGAAGAAGCUAAGGAAUUAUACGACCAAGUGAGCGUAUUAGUUCAGCACCCCAGGUUGAACCACAAGAAGUUCCAAGUUCGCGUGAACGUCAAGAGCGAAGUCGCCAAGACUGUUCUCGUCAAGUUCUUCUUGGCUCCGAAGUACGACAGCCACGGCUAUGAGAUCCCUCUGCACGUCAACAGCUACAACUUCAUGCAGUUGGACGAGUUCGUUUACGACUUGCCUCAAGGAGAAUCCGUGAUUACUCGCGACUCUGUUGAAACUACUGGAAAUGAAUGGACUACUUCCUACCAAGUAUGGGAUCAGGCUGAGAAGGCCUUCCAGGGAAAAGCACCUUUCUACGUCAACCAGGCCGACAGCAUGCACAAGUUGGCUCAACAUCUCCUGCUUCCUAAAGGUCGUGUCGGUGGCAUGCCCUUCGUCCUGAUGGUUUACAUCUCCGAGUACCACGCACCCAAGGUUGUGUACGAUGCCGCUACCAACCCCACUGCGUCUCUCGGUCUCGAGCCUCUGACCCGCCAGCUGACUGACGAGCCCCUCGGCUUCCCUGUCAACAGGCCACUCUACCCCUGGCUGAUUGAGAGCGCUAAGAACAUGUACUUCCAAGAUGUUCUCAUCUACCACAAGCACACCCCUGAAAUCCAUGUUCCCCAUGUCGGAACGGCUAGUAUAAAUUGUGGGUGCAGCGAAUCAUUGGCACAGUUCACAUCGGCUGAGAGAACGAUGAAGACUGCCAUAAUCCUUUCGGGGCUGGUUGCCUUGGUGAUGGGCGUUGCCCUCCCAAAACACCAUGACUUGAAGUUCAAGCCGGUUGAAGGCAAAUUCGUCGAAUACCAGAAGAAAGUCCUGUCAUUAUUUGAACAUGCGGACCAACUCGAGAUCAACUCCGAAUACUACAAAAUUGGCAAAGACUACAGCAUUGAAGACAACAUCAACAACUACACAAACAAACAAGCUGUUGAAGAAUUCCUGUCUCUCUACAGAACUGGUUUCAUGCCGAAAUACCGCAAGUUCUCAAUCUUCUACGAAAGGAUGAGGAAUGAGGCUAUUGCUCUAUUCCACGUGUUCUUCUACGCUAAGGACUUCGAAACAUUCUACAAGACCGCUAGCUGGGCUAAGUUUUACCUUAACGAGGAGCAAUUCUUGUACGCGUACUACAUUGCCUUAGUUCAAAGGCCUGACACCGAUGGCAUCGUUCUCCCGGCUCCCUACGAAGUCUACCCACAGUUCUUCCUCAACAAAGAGACUCUCAUCAGGAUGUACCGCACCAAAAUGCAGGGUGGUCUGUUCAAUCCCAAAGAAGGUGCCGAAUACGGUAUUGUAAAGGAGAACGACUACUACGUAUACUACGCCAACUACUCCAGCGCCCUGACAUACCCGAACCAAGAACAGAAACUGUCAUACUUCACUGAAGAUGUCGGUCUGAACUCUUACUACUUCUACUUCCACUCAUACUUACCUUUCUGGUGGGACUCUGAGAAAUUCCCCAUGUUCAAGAACCGUCUUGGAGAAAUCUUCUUCUACUACUACCAGCAACUCUUGGCUCGUUACUACUUGGAACGUCUGCCCCACGGUCUGGGUGAAAUUCCUCAGUUCUCCUGGUACUCCAAAUUCAAGACUGGAUACUAUCCUCAGAUGACCGGUUACAAAUUCCCCUAUGCUCAGAGAAGCAACGAUUACGAUCUCCACACCGAGAACAACUACGAAAACAUCCGCUUCUUGGAUACUUAUGAAAAGACUUUCUUCCAAUUCUUGCAGAAGGGUGAAUUCAAAACCGUUGAGAAGGAGUCCAACUACGUUGGUAACUACUGGCACAAGAACGCCGACUUAUACUCUGAGCACUCCCAAAAGGACUUACACCAGUUCUCUUAUGAGAUCAUUGCUCGCCGCGUGCUCGGUGGUAGCCCCAAACCUUACGACAAGUACAACUUCAUGCCUACCGCUCUUGACUUCUACCAGACAUCUCUGCGCGACCCUGCGUUCUACCAGCUCUACCAAAGAAUCAUGGACUACCUUAUUGACUACAAAGAAUACGUGAAGCCCUACUCUUACAACGAUCUUCACUUUGUUGGUGUUAAGAUUAACGACGUUAAAGUAGACAAACUGGUCACUUACUUCGAUUACUUCGACUUCAACGCCACCAACACCGUGUUCUACAGCCAAGAGGAACUUAAGUCUUACCCAACUGGUUUCGUGAUCCGCCAGCCUCGUUUGAACCACGAACAAUUCACCAUCAACAUUGACGUCAAGUCUGAUGUAGCUUCCGAUGCCGUCUUCAAGAUCUUCAUGGGACCUAAAUACGACAGCAACGGAUACCCCAUCAAGAUCGAAGAAGACUGGAUGAAGUUCUACGAACUGGACUGGUUCGUCCAGAAACUGGUGCCUGGCGAGAACAAGGUACAGCGCAAAUCUAGCGACUUCAUGUUCUUCAAGGAUGACUCCAUCCCCAUCAACGAAAUUUACCAAUGGUUAGACCAAGGAAAGGUGCCUUACGACAUGUCUGUCGCGCCCGCUAACAUGCCAAGACGCUUGAUGCUGCCUAAGGGUACCUACGGCGGAUUCCCCUACCAGAUGUUCGUGUUCGUAUACCCCUACAACGGAGUUAGCAAGGACGCUGAUGCAUUCAAGAACUUCGUGAACGACAACAAACCCUUCGGCUAUCCAUUCGACCGUCCAGUGAACGAGGUUUACUUCAAACAACCCAACAUGUACUUCGAGGAUGUGCAGGUAUACCACAAGGACGCCUACUUCCCAUACGAGCUCAACGUACCAUCCUACUUCACACAGAAGAAGAUGUAA